ACUACCGUGUAUACCGUACAGCGUCCUCUCUGUCAACAUGGCGUCUUCAAUGUCACUCUUUGGUUUGAGCCGAGUUUGUUUUCGCAAUUUAAUCACAAAGUCACCUCUAACUACGUUAAGGUCAGUUAACACGUCGGGAUACCUGGCACAACAGCAAGAGCAUGAGACCCAGCUCAUCACAGUGGAUGCAAAAUUGGACAUUACAAAGUUGACUGGUGUCCCGGAGGAGCACAUCAAGACUCGUAGAGUGCACAUCUUUGUGCCAACCCGUACAGCCAUGCAGUCGGGCAUCCAGAACACCAAGAAGUGGAAAAUGGAGUUUGACACCCGGGAGCGAUGGGAAAACCCUCUAAUGGGCUGGGUCUCCACAGCUGACCCACUGUCCAACUUGACCCUUACAUUCAGCACCAAAGAGGAUGCUAUUGCGUUUGCCGAAAAGAAUGGUUGGAGUUAUGAUAUAACAGAGAAGAGGAUGCCAAAGCCAAGAGUCAAGUCAUAUGGAGCAAAUUUUUCCUGGGACAAAAGGACACGAAGGUCCGCCAAGUAGAUGAUCACUUACCGGUCAUCUUAUUGUGCUGUUUUUUUGUAAAACACUUGUAAAAUCUUUAUUCUGUAUCUAUAUCCAAUAAAGGAUCCUGCAGGCAAUCAUUAGAA